CACACACACACACACACACAGAGCUACAGCGCACUGCAUCAUCAGCUCCGUUCACUUUUUAACAUGCACGCGCACACACAAAAUAAGGGGAAAUUACUACAAUAAAAAAAAGAAUAAAAAAAGUCAUGCUGUAGCGAGGGCAAAUAUUUUAUAGGGGGAGGGAAAGAGGUGGAGAGUGAGCAAGCGAUUCUGAAAACACACACACAGAGAGAGAGAGAGAGAGAGAGAGAGAGAGAGAGAGAGAGAGAGAGAGAGAGAGAGAGAGAGAGGGGAGGGCGAACAACAUUCAUAGCAAUUAAUAAUCUUAAAAAAAAAAGAGUUGGCAGUCGUGUGCGGAAAACUGGCAUGGUUUUUUGGAGGCUGGCAGUUCAGAGUUGAGACGUCAGAAAUGCGUGCAUUAGAGCGCUGAGAUGAUCAUUACCGGAGACUCAGAGCGGAUGGCAGAAGAUCUCGGGUAUCCAGGUGGUGGACUGAAGACAAUGCUGGAUGCCAUGGAAGUCCCAACUCAUGCUAGGCACCUCCUCUUGCAACUGAACACGCAACGCACCAAAGGCUUCUUGUGCGAUGUCAUCAUAGUGGUGCAAAAUGCUCUAUUUCGUGCUCAUAAGAACAUUCUGGCUGCCAGCAGCCUUUACCUUAAAUCCCUUGUUGUCCAUGACAACCUCAUCAACCUGGACCACGAGAUGGUGAGUCCAGGUGUUUUUAGAGUCAUCCUUGACUACAUAUACACAGGACGUUUAAGUGAAGGUGACCCCACCUCUCCCACAGAGCCAAACAUAGGUGCAGUGCUGGCAGCUGCUAGCUAUUUGCAGCUGCUGGACUUGGUAGCCCUGUGCAAAAAAAAGCUAAAAAGAAAUGGGAAAUACCACUUACGACCCACGUCUGGGUUUCUGCCUUACACUAAAAUGAGCCCCAGUGGAGUCAUGGGGGGAAGGCUGCGAGUGUCCACUCCAGUAAUUCAGCCCUGCUUCCCUGGUGGGGUGAUGAACACACAACGAGGCCCAUCAUUGGAGGAUCUACCACCCCAUUCCCUGGCCCCCCAUCCAGGAGAGCUUUAUGCACCAGUCCCUACACAGGGCCAGCAGCCUUACCAUUCUCAAGCAACCCUGCCUCCACAACCAGGUCUACGUUUGCAGUCUACAGAUAGAAACUGCUCACCCUUAUAUGGCCUAGACCUGUCCAAGAAGAGCCCUAACUCACAGCAGCAUUCUACCCAUCCUCAUCUGAGUCACCUUAACGAGGAGCCAGAGGGUGAACUAAGUCACCGCACAAGCCCUCUUCUUAGUCCUACCGAUGGCUCAGGGAAAAUGGAGGCUGUGCACCACACUGCCUCUCUAACAUCACGGUCUUUUCCCCUCCUCAACCAACUGCCCCAAAUCCCUCGUUUUCAGCGUCCAAGUUCCCAGGGCCAGGAGGCUUACCCAUGCCCCCCAAGCCCCGAGCCAACAGAAGAAUCGGGAGACCGCAGCAGGGACGGUUCCAACAUUUACCGCUGGGUAAAAAAUGAGCCCUACAGUGUGGAAGAUGAAGAUGAAGAUGACGAUGAGGAUGAUAGUGGGGGCAUGGGUGAGCAGGAUAAAGACACACACCACCAACAUUUGAAUCAUCACAAAAACAGUGAAGAGAAGAACCUUAGUGAGGUCGGCUAUGACAGGCCAGUAACCUGUGAUGGAGAGGAUGAGAAUGGGACAGGAAGUGAGGAAACAGGCAGCAGUGAAGGCAGGCCAUCUCCCCCUGGUCCCCGCGGGAGGUAUCAUAUGCCUUAUGAGCCUGAGAGUUUUGGAGAUAACCUUUAUGUGUGCAUCCCAUGUGGCAAAGGGUUUCCUAGCUCUGAACAGCUCAAUGCCCAUGUGGAAACUCACGCAGAAGAGGAUCUCAACAAUGUUGGAGAGCUAGAAAACCCAAGCAGCAAUGGCACUGACAAACCCACCAGCACCAAUGGACCCACAAACCUGAACAGCCCCGGCACCCUCCACAGCACCUACCCGGACAGUAAAUUAGGGCAGAACGUACAUCAAAUGGGCAUUGCAGAAAUGAUUCGCCCAUAUCGCUGUGCCUCCUGUGAUAAAACUUAUAAAGAUCCAGCCACCCUAAGACAGCACGAGAAGACCCACUGGCUGACCCGCCCUUACCCAUGCAGCAUCUGUGGCAAAAAAUUCACCCAGCGUGGAACCAUGACCCGCCACAUGCGUAGCCACCUGGGAUUGAAGCCUUUUGCCUGUGAUGCCUGUGGCAUGCGCUUCACUAGGCAGUACAGGCUCACUGAGCAUAUGCGCAUUCACUCUGGUGAAAAGCCAUAUGAGUGCCAGGUGUGUGGUGGCAAAUUUGCCCAGCAGCGUAACCUCAUUAGUCACAUGAAGAUGCACAGCAGUGGAGGGAAUGGUGGGGGAUUCAUAUCUGAUGGCAAGCUAAAGAUGGACUUCUCUGAAGGCAUCUUUCCCCUAAGUAAGUAUGCAGCCGAGCGUCUUUGCCUGAAACAGGAGAACGCCUCAGAGCUUCUCGCUCAGGCCUCUCAGCAGUUACUGGCAGAUGCCAAGGCUAUGGAGAGCCUUUAUCCACUGUCCAAACUGACUGCAGAGCACCUAGGCCUCACUCAUGAAAAGAUGGAUGUCCUACCACUGCCACCUGCCUCUCAACAGCUACCUGUAGAGGCACGCACCAUUGACCGUUACUCCCCCAGCUAGAGAGGAGACCAUCAACUCUGUCUUCCAUCAGCAGAGCUCAGCUGCCCAGCUAUGACAAAUACCAAAAUGCCUGCAGGCUGCCCACAGUAUUUUCUCACCUCUCACCUCAGCUUCAACGAACCCGCACUUCAGACACAGGAGGAAAGAGACCAUUAGCUAAAAAAUUGCAUGCCGGAUACAUUGACUGUUAAAAGUGCCUUUCUCUACACAUAUUGCAGAACAGCCAUUUUUUUAUUAAAAAAAGGAGAACUGUUAUUUAUAAUUUGCUCCAACCAUGGACACAUAUAACAGUGCAGUAUUUAUAUAUAAAAAUAUAUAGGAUCCUUUUCUUUCAACUUCCGAACCAACCAGUCAAUUGAAUACCAAAAAAGACAUUUUUAUUUAUUUUAUUUCUUUUUGUAUGUAAGUAAAACCCAAAGAAAAUAGGUUUGGAAAGAGUGUUGCAAUCAUACCCUUAACCUGUGUAAUAAGUGUGACUAUUGUAUAUAGAAUAAUUAACAAAGCACAUAUGAACAAUUGUCAGGACUUCUGACUAGGAUGGAAAAGGGAUUCUGGGCUAAAACAGAAAGCUGCAUCUUUGGAAUUUUAUGAUAAUUGGAGGACUUUUUGGAAUACUGGAUAUCUCCUUUAAAUCAGUUUCCUGCUUUGCUGAGUGGCCCAGCAUUCCCAUACAAAAGGGAACAACUACAUGAAGCCAGUAAUUGUUCCAGCACUUUGGUAAAGUGACUUAAGCUUAUCUAUGCAUUGAUAUAGCAAGUCCCAUUUGUAGAGAGAAUAUCCAGAGUGUCAUAUAUAGUUUCAAUUAUUACAUGUUAUAACCCACCUUCUUACAAGUGCCUUUAUACUGGUUGUUUAAAGAGGAAUAAGCAAAUCCAUUUGAGCGUGCCACUGACAUGUUAUUGUGCAUAUUCCAAUCAUGCCAGUAAUCCAUGGUGGAUAAUUUAUAUGCAUCUGGUGAGAUAGAGUAAGCAUGGGUGUUGCCUUUAAAAUCGGGUAAUAUUUACAAUUCAGCAAUACAGCCCAAACAUUCUUUAGGAGAACACAGUGAACCCAUUAGAAAUAUUUCGAGCCUCAACAACACUUAAAACCAAACAAAUAGCAAUCGAAACAAAAGCAUUUUUUUCCAGAUCCAGUGUAUAUAAACUCUAUCCAAGUAGCUCACAUUAUUUGAUAAAUAAUGAAUCUAAUAGCAUUUAAAGUAAACUUCCAUAAUCAGAGUAUACAUCACAGGGAGCUGCAUAGGCCCACUCAUGGUGUUGUUGCUUUCAGGUUAAUAUGUGAAGCUGUUAAUGUGACAGCCAUGAAGAUUAGACUUAGGGCACUCUCCCUGACACUGAUAGCAUGGAUAAAUCUCAGCACUCUCCCUGCAGCUGCUCCACUAAGGAUAAGCCCUGUGAAAUCCCCAAUUCUCUCAGUCUGCUCGUGCUGUCUAUCAGCCUGAUUCCAGAUUUCACGGCUGCUAAGCAGCCAUGUAAUGUACACACUUCCUGGAUCACCCCAACUGCACACCCAAACACCAACAGCCUGUAACGUACUAACAGCAAACCAAAUUUUGCAGUCUUGAAAGACAUAUUAUGUCUUAUUAUGUGACAUAUCAAUAUUAUUUAUAUGCACCUGUACCUUAUACUUAUUUACCAAUGAUAUGGGAAUUUUCCUUUUUUUUAAGAGUGGGGUUUGUUAACCACUAUUGACAUUUACAACCUCAAGAGGUAAAUGUGAAGACUUACUUAAGCCAUGAAUGCACUGUGAUAGGACUAAUAACCCUCCCAGCCUUAAUGAGCAUACUGAACAUGUUACAGUGUUGUAGGCAACUUCAGUACACUGCCUUCUAGAGACUUUUUCUGUAGCAUGUCAUCAUGUUGUUGUUUGUUUUGAUUACAUUUGAUCGAUUGACUCUUAAACCAAAGUGAAGUGAAACUGGUGCUUACCUCAGGACCUGUCCCAUCUCAGUAUGGGGACACAAAGUUAGGAAAUAGCUAAGCAUGUAGACAUAACACGAGCGUGUGCGCGCAUUCACUCACACACACACACACACACACACACACACACACACACACACACACACACACACACACACACACACACACACACACACACACACACACACACACACCCUCUUUAGGCAGAGUUGUCCACUUCAAAUCUGUGCUUAUUUCAAGAUUAUGAAAAUGUGUACAUGUUGUCAAUUUUUACAAGAGUCUAUAAUUAUUAACAAUGUUUCUGAAUAGUUUACUUGACUCUCUUCUAUUUUUUCACGGUUUUAUGGAUAUUUCUUUAUGAGUACCUGUAAAUAUUCCUGUGUAUGCAGCACAAUUCUGAACACACCCUUUUCCCUAAAGCAAUAUCAAUCCUUAGUGUUAAAUGCUAUGCUGUAUAUAAAAUGCGAUGUGUUUAUCAAUAAUUCGCUGCAGUGAUAAACACUGGGGUUGACUUGGUAAAGAAGAAGCAUAGUUUCUAAAGUUGACUGACCCAUGUUAAGGUUGUGACUAAAGGGGCUUCGGCUGAAACCUUGGCAAUAAACCAGGACUGGGUUCCCACUUAGACUUUGUUUAUACUGACUAUUAAACCACACACAAGUAACCAGCAUGCUUGGGCCUUAGAGAAAUGCUGUGAUUUCCUAAUACAAUUUAUGUUGAUAGCCAAGAUCUUCACACACACUCACACACACACACACACACACACACACACACACACACACACACACACACACACACACACACACACACACACACACACACACACACACA